UAAAGAUGGACGUUGAAUUGUUGAUAUUUUAUUUUUGAAAUAUAGAUCUGCUUGUAUAUGUAACACAGCACAAUAAACAUGAAUCCACUUCAACAGGAACUUGUAUCCAAGCUUUGUCUUGCUGUAGAGACAGUCAUGAAUCCUGUUGUCACGCAGGCGGAUCGUCUGGCAGCCCAUCAGAUUUGUGAAGAAUUUAAAGAUAAAUCAUCAUCAUGUAUUCAAGUGGGAAUGAUAAUUUCUUCAAAAGAGUAUCCACCUAUGAUUCGUCAUUUUGGUCUCCAGGCAUUGGAACACUGUAUUAAGUUUCGUUGGAAUGAUUUAACUGUACAUGAAAAGCUUUUUGUCAAGUCAAAUUCUCUCAUGCUUUUAGACACUGGAACCAAGAAUAUAAUAGAAGAAGAACUCCAUGUCAAAGAUGCUAUUUCUAGAAUUAUAGUCGAACUGAUGAAAAGAGAGUGGCCACAGAAUUGGCCAACAUUAAUGACAGAGUUACAUGAUGCAGCCCAGCAUGGGGAAACUCAAACUGAGUUAGUAUUAAUGGUAUUUCACAGAUUAGUAGAAGAUGUUGUGGCCUUUCAAAACUUACCCAAUCAACGUAGACGAGAUAUAUUACAGUCUCUAACAGCACAAUUAAAUCAGCUCUUUGUUUUCUUUCUCAAUAUUUUAGAGACUAAUUCUACUAGAUAUCGACAAUUGGUGUCAAUGGGUAAUAAACAAGAAAGUCUAGCUGUAAAUAAAGUAAGCCAAGCUGUAUUGAUGACAUUAACUGGUUUUGUUGAUUGGGUACCAAUGUCACAUAUAGUAGAAAAUAAUGGAUUAUUAUUACAAUUGUUAUGUUUAUUACUAAAUGAAAGUUCAUUACAACUACAUUCUGCAGAAUGUUUAUUACUUAUAGUUAGUCGCAAGGGUAAAUUAGAAGAUAGAAAACCCAUUCUUAUAUUAUUUUGUGAAGAUGCCAUGUCAACUAUUCUUACAGCAGCAAUAGCUGCUGAAAAGUCAUCAUUAGAUGAAUAUUAUUACUUAUUUCUCAAAAGAUUAUGUCAAGUUUUAACAGAGAUUGGAAAACAACUGGCUGUUUUAUGGGGUACUGACCCUGAAGUUGUUGAACCUCCCAAUUUCUCUACCUAUCUUGAAGCUCUCUUAGCAUUUACAGAACAUGAGAGUAAGAUGUUAGGCAGUUAUACACAAACAUUGUGGGCAUUAUUUUUACGUCAUAAACAUAUAUCAAAAAACCCAACUUUAAUAUCCUUUAUACCUCGUGUUGUUACUGCAGCUACCAAAUCUUUAUUAAAGGUUGGUUAUCCUAGUCAAAAUGAUUAUCCUAGCUGUGCGUAUAGUAAAUUAGAUUUUGAUAGUGAUGAAGAGUUCAAUAUGUUCUUCCCUAGAUAUAGAUCAGAAGUAGCUGAUACAGUCAGAUUAGCCACCUUAUUACAACCUAAAUUAACCUUUAAUAUAGCUUAUAACUGGUUAAAAUCUCAACUACAAAAACCAUUAAAUAUUGGUGAAGCUGGUGUAGAUAAAGGGAUAUGUAAUUUAAGUUCACCUUCAUUCCUAGAAUGGGAUGCUCUGAGUGUUUUCUUAGAAAGUGUUAUGUUACGUCUGAUGGCAUCCACUAAUGCUAAACCAGAAACAACAGAAGGUAUUGAAUUAUUAGAACAAGUAUUAGCCUAUGAAACUCAGGAUCCACUGAUAUUAUCAUGUUUAUUAUCAUGUAUAUCAGCUUUAUUUCCUUUAUUAUCUUAUACACCAGAAACUAUACCAGUUGUCUUAGAUAAGAUAUUUGGUUCUGUAAUCUUCAACAUUCCUGGUCAAACUAAGAGUACCAGAAGUAGAGCUGUAAAAAAUGUCCGCCAACAUGCCUGUUCUAUUAUAGUCAAAAUUUGUAAACAGUAUCCAUCUCUUAUAUUUCCAGCAUUUGAUAGUUUAUAUACUCAUAUUAAACAUAUUAGUAAUGAUCCAGAACAGCUAUCUCAGAUGGAGAAAACUAUUUUACUUGAAGCUAUUUUAUUAAUCAGUAAUGAAUUUAAUAAUUUUGAGAAGCAAUCAGCAUUUAUACAAGAAAUAUUAGCCCCAGUAAGAGAAUUAUGGAUGUCUAAAGAGUUUACUCAGGCAUUUCUAUCACCUGAUAUGUUCAUGUCAUAUGUGGGUUUAGAUCAAGCUGCUGUAGAACCUAGUUCAGCUGAUACUUGUGGAAUCAACAGAUCUCAUAUUAGUUACUGUGCUCAUACUAUAUUAGGUGUUAUAAAUCGUAGCAAGUGUCCAGAUAACUUACAGAUAGCUGAACAAGGUGGUUUUGUUAUAGGAACAUCAACUGUAACUGGUCAGCCAAUAUUACGCAACCCAGCUACCUCACAUAUACUAGAAUUAUUUCAUAAUUUUAUUGUUCUGUUAAAAACACUAAAUGGUUUAUGGUUACCAGAAUAUUUGAGGUUAAGACAUCCAGAUUUUGAGAAGGCUUAUGAUUUAUUAGAAGUCGAUAAGUUAGCAAUUUUAGGUAUACCACCACCAUGUAUAGAUAACUCAGAUUCGACAACCUGUAAACAACCAUUAGCUAGAGUUAAAAGUUUCCUUGGUAUGAUACAUGAUAAUAGUUUUCACAUCCUAGGGAAUGCUGGUCAAUAUUUAGGUUAUGAGUUCUAUGCUGCUAGUAAUAUUAUGAAUUUUUUAAAUGAAAAUGUGUUAUGUUAUGGAGAGUAUAUACCAGAUUAUAGAUUACGACCUGUUAUUCAUAUCCUUGAAUAUAAUCUACAUGUCUUUAUGAAACCAUUUAUUUGGAACUGUCCAAAGGAUUUUUAUGAAUCUGCAGCAUUACCAAUGUUAAUGAAAUUAUGUCCCUUCAUAUUACAAAGAUUAUCAACUAAAUGGCAAUUAAUUAAUACUCAAUUUCAAACAGGAAGUGAGAAUGAAGAAGAAAGUGAAUCUCAAGAAAUAAUAGAAGAUCAAUUAACAAGACAAUUAACACGAGAAUAUUUAGAACUAUUAGAUUACUGUUUGACUAAAAGAUCUCAUUCAGACAAUGGAGUAGGGGAUGAUUUAAAUAUGGAAGAAAAUGAAGCUCAGAAAUCCAACCAGAAUAAAGAGAUGGGUCUAAAUGAAUUGGGACAACUUUGUCUUAAAACUGAUGCGUUAUACCCAUCAAUGUUAUUUUGUAUAUUUAAUGGAUUAUCAUGGAAUGAUACCUUAGUUUGUCAGAAAUGUUAUAAGUUGUGUUGGCCCACUGUCAAACAGUUAAUAUCUGAUGGUGUAAUGACAGAUGAAGCAGCACCCUAUGUAUUUAGUUCAGUAUUAUCAGGUUUACAAGUACAUGGACAACAUGAAGGUAGUCAGGCUAAUUUAAUGAAUCUCGCUUUACAACUUUAUGAAGCACUUAGGCCUACAUUCCCAGUGGUGAAGUCAGUUUUAUUACAAAUACCAAAUGUAUCACAACAGGCAGUUGAGAUCUUUGAUGAUAAAAUAGUUCAACAAGGUCCUCAAAAACAACUGCCAGAGAAGAAAAAGAAAGAAGCUCUGAAAAAUCUGGUGUUUGAAAUAAUUGGGAAAAAUGUUGGUCAACAAUUUAAAAGAGAAGAGCAAUAUAAGAAUUUACCAUCUUUAUUUAAACCACAUCGACGUAAAGCUGACUCUUUAUUAAAUAAUGAUAGUAAAGAUAUUGGAAUCUGUUCAUUAUUUCAUCCUAAUAAUGACUGAAUCAUCUCAUACACCAUCAUGUCAAUAAUUUGAAAUACAUUUCAAGCUACCCCGUGGAGGAGGAGCCAGGAUGACUCAGUGAGUUAAUACACCUUGGAUCAAUGCAGACACAGGCUUUGGAUUUAUUACAGCUUUCCCCCCGUUUUGUGCAGCAGGUUUUUGUCUUAAUGCCAGUGAACCAAACAACACUGGUUUUUUGGUCAUUAAAAUAUUUCUAGUCCUAAAAAGGACUGUCAUAGACAUUAUAGAAGCAGAUAGUGAUUUAAAUUGUCAAGAAGAUGGUGGAUGUAUUUAAUAUAAAUCUAAAAUUAUGAAGUGAAUAUAACAAUGGUUGGAUUAUACCACAUAAUUUGGUUGUGGAAACUCAUGAAAUGACAGGUGUGUUACAAUGAUGUUGAAUAAACACAUUCUUGAGAAAAAGUUGACAUUGUUUGAUUCUUGAUAUUGUUUCAUUAAUCCCAGUGAAUAAAUCAAUGUUUUUCUUUUCAAAUUGAAUCCAAAAUAAUUUUCUAUGUAAAGAAGACUUGACAAUUAUAGCAAAGCUACAGUAUAUACACCUAAAAUAAAAAAAACCAUGAAGUUGUUGAUCAUAACAAAAUCAUUUACAAGUAUACAAUGGUGAUCAAUUUGGGCUAUGAAAUAGCUUUUAGUGUAAAUUGAGUUUAUGAUAACAUUUAGACUGCUUGAUAGAAUUUCAAUGAAUUCAAAAGUGAAAUGAUAUAGUGUUAUGAUCAAUAUAUCAUUAUGUGGCUGUCAGUGGAGAAUGUUGUCAAGUUUUAAUUUAAAAAUUUAUAUUUUCUCUGCAAUGAAUUCUUUCUCCACUAAAGUGCUGAAUUAUUAUUUUGUCAAUGAUCAAUCCUUAUGAAAUCAAAAAUGAAUAUCUUCACGAUCCGUGUUGAGUUAAUGUUUUGUAAUUUAUUCUUAUGCUGAAAAAGAAUUAGUAUAUCAAUGAUUAAUUGACAGUAUGUAUAGGGUUAAGAAAGUUCCAAUUUAUAUUAGGUUCCACUUUGAAAUGAAGUUGUGUAAAAUCCCUGUGAUAAUAGUUUUUAUAUCAUUUGUUUUGAUGAAAAAUUAAACAUGUGAAGUUA